AUCAGUAGAGACACGAAGUUUAUGUUAGCCACUUGUGGCCAUCUACGGAUACAUUUAAAAAGUAUCCUGGUGUCCUUGUCCUUUUAAUUUCUCCAAGUGUGACCGUAAACUCUGUGCCUUUUGUGGAAAAAUUGGUUUUCUAGAAAUAUUGUGCUGUUUUCUAAGGGCUUUUAAAAAAACGAGUUUCUCUGAUAUAUGCUAAACGAUGGAGGCAGUGAGAUUUAAAGGGAUCGAUUUGUCAACAAGUCGAUGAAAGUGCGCGCACCCAACACUCUCGAUCAAAAUUAUUUUUCAUUUAAUAUCUAUUGGAGAUACUCCUAUUCGCACAUGGUACAGUCAAUUUCACGAAAAGUAACGAUAACUUGUUACUCGUUAUAAUGGCAGUGAGGUAGUUUUGAUCGUUUGCUCAGGGCUUCUGUGAACUUUGAGCAUAUUUUUGUGGGAUUGAAAAUGUAAAGGAAACAAUAGUAAUGAAGCCACAGAAAAAGGCGAUGGUUGCCCGGAAGGCAACCAAAAUACCAACAAUUGCGAAAAAACGUCGUUCGUUCUUAGAGAAAGUUAUUACAGACGCGAAGAAGGAAAAGAAACCCAAGAAGCUAGAGAUGUUGGAAGAUACAAAGAGGAAGAUAGAAAACGAUAAGAAAAGACCAGAAAAGUGCGAGGAAAGGAAAAAAAUAGAGGAGAAGAAAAAGAUUGAAGAGAAACGGAAAGAAAAAUCUGAGAAGAUGGAUGAAAAGAAAAAAUGUGAGAAUGAUGUGGAAGAUCAAACUCGUCUCUCGAAUAUUGUAGAAGAGAACGAUGUACAUGAAGAGAAAAUAGAUAUACUCUGUUCCAUCGACAAGAAGAAAUGCAAAGACGAGAAGAAGAAGGAUGUGAAGUUGAUCAAGCCAGACAUCAAAGAGCACGUGAAGAUUUCUGUGAUAAAAGAGAAGAAAGCAGAAUGUAAAAAGUUUCUCGAGAAAGGUACAAUAAAUAGCAAAGGUUCCCUAACGCGAACCAAGAAGAAUUCUAAAACGACAUCGAUACAGAAGAAAGGUAUCUCUAGGAAGACCGUCUUAGCGAAAAAGUCACAUUUAUCGGUAGUGAAGAAUUUGGUGGAGAAGAAUGUCAAGCAAAACAAGUUGAUAAAAGACGAGGAAGCACCGAUAAGCGACGAGGACGAAGCAAUGAAGAAGGCGAAGAAGAAGAAUAUUAAUAUUUCUAAAAGUAAAGUCAUGCAGGAGAAGAAACCAAAGUUAAGAAAGCAUAUGAAAGCUAAGUUGCCUUCGAAGAAUAGUAAAAUAAGUACAUUAAAGAAGGAUGAUAAAAUUAAAACAUUGGUAGAGAAGGUUAUACCUAAGAAGAAAGUUGAUUCAAAGGAAAUGGAAAAGUCAUCAAACGAACUGAAGAAGAUUACGAGUAAGGAUGAAUUGAAUUUGGAAGCUGAAGCAAAUAAUGUAAAAAGUGAGGUAGAGGAAGAUAAAGAUAUUGAUAAAAGUAAUAAAGAAGAAUUAUCACAAACAAAAUCCCAGGACAUUAAAAAGUCUGUCAAAAGUAGUUCAAAGAUUGGCAAAAGAAUAAUAAAGAAGAAGACUGUAAAAGUACAAAUGGAGAGCACUAAUCAAAUACUUUCUUCCUCGGAAGAAACGUCUGCGGUUGAAUCUGGUAAACAGAUAAAAGCCUGCGAAGUCAGUCCAGACGACAGCGUUUCCUCUAAAAACGAAGAAGUUGAUAGUGAAAAUGUAGCAGAAGCAAAUUUUAAGGAUGAAGUUAACGACGAUAACUCUGGUGACAAUACUUUGUCAUCUAAUUCAGAAAAUGAAAGUGAUGAUGAAACAAAAAAGAAUAAACAGAAGGAAAUUAAGAGAAAGGAGAGAGACUGUUCUCCAUCUGACGAACGUGUUCGACGAAUGAGGUUGUUUGGUUUCUGGAGUGGACCUAAAAGACACAGGGUUGCUUCUUUAAAUGCAUUGGCCAAGGUUCAUUGCUUGUAUGAGAACGAAACAGGUGGUGCGUACCUUGGAGGUUUCUGUAAACCGAAACCAGAGAAGGAGAAACAGAAGAAAGCUAAGGAUGAGAAGGAAGAACAUGGUAAAAAAGAAAAGGAGAAAAAGAUUGAGACUAAAGGUGAAGAAAGUAUCCCGAAAAGGAAACUCAGGAAUGUGCCAGGGUUACGUGGGAAACAUUGGGAUAUAUUGGAGAGUUCUUCAUCUUCUUCUUCUUCAGACGAUGACUGUGAACGUGAGAAGAGUAUGGAAUAUAACAAAAAGAAAAUAAUUAAACGAAGAAAGAAGAACGAAGAAGUGAUGGACUUGAAAGACAUGGUGGUUUGCAAAAGAAUGGCGAGUCUCAACGCUACAGCGAUUCUAGCUGCUUCCUACUCGGAUGAAAAGAAUCGCUGCAGCAGCAGUUCUGAUUCCUCCAGCGAAUCAGAAGUGGAGAUCAUUAAGAAGCGAAAACAAAUUGAUUCAGAUAUCGAGAAACGUAAAACGAGGCAAAACUCGGAGCAGGAUGAUGUCUUGACACCAUCCAACAAGCUUGUUAUCGUGAAUCAGGAUACAGAUGUUACUAUCACUGGUGUUUAUGUUAAUCAAACUCGAUCCACUCACCAUGAAGGGUUCUGUAGCAUUGCUGGCAUGCAGUACAGAAUAAGUUCGACCAGUCAUACUCAAACUGCAGCUACAGCUGUUGCUACUGAGCUCCAUGAUCAGCAAAAGUUGGAGCAACCCUGCAAGUCUUACACACCAUUAGGCGCGCUAUCCUCGAUGCAACCACCUGGCAGCCAAGGUAAUCAUCCAAACAUGUCGCCUCGAAGGCAUUCUGCGUUCUCAGCUCCACAUCAACAUGGGUAUUAUCAGCCGGCUGGACCACUGAUACAACACCCACCAACCUUGCCACCUAUCAAAGGGCCUCCACCAGAACCAACUCCGACACCUCCUCAAAAUUCUGAAGGCUCGGAUGAUUUAGUUGCAACUUCUACAACCUCUGGAGGAACUAGCAGUACAGGAGGCGGAUUUUAUAGGGCAUAUUGUCCUCAAUAUUAUGGUACACCGCCGCAAUAUCCAGAUUUGUGUUAUCCUCCAGCAUACUCUCAUCCACAUGCUCACCCACCGCCUUACUAUAAAUAUGCACCAACAUAUAGAAGGUAUGCUUUCAGACAAUAUUAUGGAUACCAAGAGUCUAGCGGAGGUGGCGGUCCUGGUAGCGCCACCGCAGGUCCAGCAGUCGUCGACUAUCAACCACCUCCGCCACCACCCGGUGAAUAUCCCUUGCCUCCCUAUUACGGUGGAUAUCCUCCGCCACCACCACCACCCCCACCUCCACCUAAUCCAGCAUAUUUGCAUUCUCAAGGAAGACCUUUCGUAGAUCAUGCAGCCUUCCAGGGUUGCCCAUGCCCGAUGCAAUCUUGUCCAAAAAACGUGGAUACUGGGCCCCUUAUUGGUAAUGGUAAGGGAGCGCCAGUGGUAUCGGGGCCCGGUCUGUCAUUGCCGCCCAGUGCUUUGGUAGGUCCGCCCUCGCCGGCGAGGGGGCUAGCCGGGCUAGCGCCGCCUCACGGUGCCAAUGCCUGGGAUACGGAUCGCGUCCAACUUAACACUCAUCGCAACCUGAAUCAGAACCAACCCUCGGUCCCUCCGUCUCAUAAUCUAGUCGGUGGACAUAACCGCCCUCAAAAUUCGGAUUGCAAGGAUAAGGACGAAAAAGAUUCUGCGGAAGAUAAGUUAGGAAAGUGUGGGUGUCAGAAACGUGCCUGCUCGUCGACCUGUGAAGUUAAAAUGGAAACACUCUCGCCCACCGAAAAGCUAGCUGUGGCGACGUGUCCAGGCAACAAGUUUCACAGCUUUAAGCUGGAGAAUAAUAACGUGAAGUGCGAAUCCUGUAGUGUGGAAAUGCGCGACAACUUGUCCUGUGUUGCUAAUUGUAAUGUUAAGUGUGAAUCGGAUUACAAGUGUGACAUAAUGAAAUGUGAACAAUGUAUGAAAGAGGACCAGAUGAGCAUUCUAGAAAUUGACAAGGACUCUGGUAUAUUGCUCGAUGACAAACUAGAUGCGGACCCUGACGUUAAGGAAGAAUUAAACGACGUGGUCGUGAUCGAUAACGAGAAUUGGAAGAAGCCAGAUUACGAGCCGACUGUCCAGGAAACCAUCGAGGAGACCACAGAUAAAGAAAGCGUACAAAGAGCAGAAGAGGACUACCCUAAAUGUCAGAAAGUAUCUAAAAGGAAGUUGUCCUUGGACAGUUUGUCAGACAGUAGGAAGAAACGCAAAGUAAGUAAGAGGACUCUUUCCGUUGGUUCUUCGCAAGAUUUGAAUAACAUUGAUUGUUCGACGAAGCUUACCAUACCAAUUUUAUCUCUCAUUAAAAAAAUCGAUGGUAACAACGAUUCCUGUGUUUCUAAGAAAAAGCAACCUAGGAAAGAGGGUCAGAACCAGAAACGUAAGGUAGAGAACUCGAGUUGCUGCGAGAAUCCGAUGAAAAAGCCCAAGACUUCCAAGCAGAGCACGAGUAAUAGUAUUCCGAGUUGCUUCAAGCACGCAGCCAGCGAUACCUCCAUCAUGGAGACUAUCGAUAAUGUCAUACAGCAGAGCUUGCAGAUGACACAGAAGAAAGAUCGUAAGAAUAAAGGGAAUGAUAAGUCGGAGAAGGCGAAGAAGGAAGCGAAUUUGUUGUCAGCUGUGAGAAAGAUAACUAAGAAGGUUGAUUUGACAACGGAGAAGCUGUUGAAGGCGACUGGUAAGAGUGCCCAGUCUAAAAGUAAAGUAGACUCGCGAAAGUUGAAGGCAAAUGAGAAAAAUAGAUCUAAAGGGAAAGGGAAAUCCAAGGGCCUGGAGACGAAGGUGAAGGAUAACAGUAAAAAACAUGAUAGUACAAUUAAAAUAAAGGGGAAGGACGUUGUCGAAAUCGCCAAGAAGCCAGCGUUGAUCAAGAAGAAACGGAAGAGUACGAAGAAAGUGUACGUAAAGAAGUCUGCCUCCAAAGUGGAAGAGUGUACAGUUGGAAGUGAGAAUUUAAUACUGACUAGAAAAACAUUUCUAAAGCCCAAGUGGAGUAACGGAUGGAGCUGGGAGGGCGACCCGUUUGAAACCAAAGUUUAUUUAACGAACGAAGAAUCGGCUAUACGUCGAUGCUACGCGAGUAUGAAACACGAAAGUGGCGACGUUCUGAGACCCCGUGACUGCGUUUUACUAAAGAGCGGUCCACGAAAAGCUGAUUUGCCAUACGUAGCGAAAAUUGCCGCGUUAUGGGAGAAUCCAGAUGACGGUGAAAUGAUGUUUUCCUUGUUGUGGUACUAUAGACCAGAGCAUACAGAGCAAGGUAGAACUCAGUACGAUACCGAAGACGAGGUGUUCGCUUCACGGCAUCGGGAUGCGAACAGUGUUGCUUGUAUAGAAGAUAAAUGUUAUAUUUUGACAUUCAAUGAAUACUGUCGGUACCGUAAAAAUUUGCGGCGAAUCGAGGAAGGAUUAGAGAGUCCCGGUUUGAUAGUUCCACCGGGCGAUCAGAUCUAUCCACGCGAAAAUCGACAGCCCCCGAUACCGGUGUCCUCGGACAUGGUUCUAUUUUGUCGGCGCGUUUACGAUUACCGUGGCAAAAAACUUGUUAAGAAUCCUGGAUGACUCGAUUUUUUAUAAAACGCUUUGAACAGGAACCAAUGGAAUGCACAAAGUAUGCAGUAUAAAUUGAAACUGGACGUAGGUCUCCCUUCAAGCGUAAUUGCACGUUAAUCAAUUUAUUUUUAUUUUCAAAAGUCCAUCUUCGUACGUUAUACGUAUAUAUAUAUAUAUAUAUAGAAACUUUUUGAUAGACUUAGAUUUACUUUUGUUACGGUAAAAGGAUUCUACCGGAGGUAUAGAUUUUUUUAGUUGUGUUUUAAUGAAUUACUUAUUUUACUAAGUGGUUUACGUCACUUUAAUCAUUUUUUUUGGGUGGAAAAUGUACUCCAUAUUUAAGGGGACGAGAAAGCACCAGAUUCGUAGGACAUGGUAACGCAGGAAAAAUGAAUUUCACCUUUGCUAAAAGAGAGAGAACUGUACUGUAACCGUGAAACAACUGUGCAAGCUUGUUCGCCCUUUUUCUACGUUUCUAAUUUGCGGUGGAAAUUUUAAUCGUUUAAUCAAAUCCAACGAUGAACGAAAUAAUGAAAUUCGUGGAUGGAACGUAGAUCGAGAAGCAUCGACGAAAAGAAACCACAGGAUCACGUUUUUAGAGAGAUAAUAGAAUUUGACAAUUUUAUAUAGAGAAUGAUAUUUUUUGUGAGAUAGUAUUUAUAACACUUGAACGAGUAUUUUUCACAUUGGGGAUACAAAUACGUGUGUGGUGUGUAUCUCGGCGGCCUCCUUGGAGGGGACCUUCGAACAGUUUCAAGGUAGAAAUCAAACGCCUGGGGUACUUGACCAUUUAGCGAAAAUAGUAAUGUAUGCGAUGAGUUCUUCUAUUUGGACAACGCAACAAGCGAAACCGUUGUUCUUUCGCGUUUCGCGACGAUCUUCGCGAAGCCCAUGCGCAUGCAUUAUUUUAAUACACGCGUAACUAACGUAAGUUUCAGUUUUUAAUCGGCGACCGUUGAUGGCGACGCGUCGCGAAACGGAAUUGAUUGGAUUGAAAUUAAGCUUCGCGUACUCGAACAGUUACACAAGACUAACGGAGUUGAAGAAAUUCUAAUUGUAAUUCCAAUUCGGAUUUAUCCAAACUGCCAUAUCACGGAACGUAUUCGAUUGUUUAUUUUUUUGGGGGGGGAAUUUGUUAAUAUUUAAGUUGAUCAUACGCUUCUUAGCAGAGUCACUUACAGAGUACGUUAUCGAGUCAUUGAAAACUAUUUAGAACGAUUAUUGAGUGGAGAAAUUAAUUCUGAGCCUUUGUAUUUGUACAUUUAUAACUUUAGUUUGAGUAGAAAUGUUUACGAGUCACUUUAUUAUUGUGUUUUAACACUAAACCUACUGAGGUUUCAUUUGUACCUAUUUGUACAGUGAUUAGACGAAUGACUGGUCUUAAAGACACUUUUUUCAAUGAAAUGCAAAAUUCGUACCAAAUUUAUGAAUGCAUGAAACAAUUGUAUAUAAUUUAUAUAUUGCAUACAAGAACAGUAUGUCAAUGUUUAAAAAUGGUCAUUUGACCUGUCGUGGCUAGGUUUAGUGUUAAAUUACCAAUCUUCCAGGUUCUCAACCUGGUCUCCAUUGUAAUGAUUCUAUGUAUACACAUGUAACCUAAGUCCUAAUGCCCACUACAAUUCAUCUACAUACAUAUACAUUAUUAUUAUUCUAACAGAAUGUGUGCUUGAUAACUACAGUAACUGUAGAAGAAUAGCAAUAAGCACAGUUUGUAUAGAUGCAUUAGCAAUGACCAUCAGGUUGAGACUCAGGUUAUGUGUACUGAUGUGUAUGCAUACAUUGUAACAGAGAUCAGGUUGAGGAUUUAGAGGGUUCCUGCUUUAAUGUACCUACCAAAAUGGCGAGUGAAUAGAUCUGUUUAAACUAGACUUAUAAAUAAUUAAACAUAAAGCCACAGUAUUCAUGUGGUACACCUAAUUAUUUAUUAUUUACUAUUCGUUUGCCGCGUCGAAUGGAACUGUCGAUUUUUUCCAUUUAAGGAAACAAUGAAAUCUUACCAUUCUUUUGAGUGGGAAUCGCAAAACCUUUGAUUUUUACUAAUCAAUUUACGUCGUAGCCCGUCACACGUUGUACAAUAUAUUUUAACGAACAUUUAUCGCUUUAUUUUACUUGGCGAGAAAUCACAAUCUCUAUUCUAUUAGGGAGGAAAAAAAAGUGGUUGUAUGAUAAUAUCCCUUAUAUCUUCGUUAUUUCGAGUCACAUGUUAUUCAUUAGCGCAUAGUUAAUGUAUCGCAUCGUAGUAUGCCAAAAAAAAAGAGAAAAAAAAAAGAAACGUAUUCGCGAAUUACGAGAAACUUUACGUUAGCCGAUAGUAUAAUUAUAUUACACAAGAGUUUAUAAUAAUGAGUAGAAGACCUUAGGAUGUAAUUAUUUUUACUGAAAUUCCAAAUAAGAUAAAACGUCGACGUAUAUUUUUGAUUAUUUGUUGAGUGGCGGGUGUUUUGUUAGAAAUUAUAUUAUUUAAAAUUAAUAUAUUGACGAUACGAUUAUUAUUUAAUAUCUAAUAUAUUGGAUAUAGAGACUAAGUUAUUUCCGAUAGAACGAAAAUAUUGUAUGUAGUAUAAUUAGGGGGGAGAGGGGGAGAGCGCCCGUGAUUGUUCCUGUCUGUGUAUGCGUGUGUGCGAUGCGAAAAAUAAUCUAGUGGCGACGCAUUGAAAAAACAAACACGAUUGAAACUAUUAUACGACGGGGAAUACGUUUGAGGGAUAAACCUGUUAUACCAAAACAUAUUUUUUUUUCUUCGUUUUUUCAAAUUGCUUUCUUGGCGAUUUAAUAUAUUUCUAUGUAUUUAUUAAUUUAUCUGUAACGAUCAAUUAACAUACGAACGAUGCAUGCCGUAUGAACUCGUGUUAGUAUUACGAAUAUUGUUCCACGUGCGUAUGUGGUCGAUGAAAACGUGCGAGCGUCCUCGUGCGCCGUAUAUGCUGGAAGUAAGAAAAUCAGUAAUCAGUGUUAUCAGUAGACUGUGGAUCUUUAUGUAAAGUAAAAUGUUUGCAAAGGUACAGCUACAAUAAUUGAACUUAAAUCGGGAGUUUACUUUGGAAAUAUUAUAAUAUGAAUUUUACUUUUAAUGCUUUUUUGUGUUAUUGUAUACUGGGUGCAUUUUGUAGUUUCUUAAACAUUCAAGUUUUCUAGAAAUGCAUGAAGAUUCGCAGACUAGCUAUAUCGGUGAUAAUCGAGCCUAAAUAGAGAACGAUCGCAGGAACGUUGAGAAACCGCGGCGCAUGUAGAUGCAGCACACCAUUCUUGCGGUCUUUUACAAGUGGUUUUCUUAUACUCGAUGCGAUUAUGGCGAAUCAAGGCUUUUCUGAUCUUCUUCCCUUUUAUCUUUGUGGUCUAAUGUUUAAUUUUUUGGGGGCUAGGUGGCUGACACACUGGUCCACUUUUACUUUUUAACCUAGCUGGGAAAAAUUGUAAUUAUAUACAUAUAGUUGAAUAGUUUAAGAUUUUGUUUAUAGGUUGGCAUUCAGUUGGAAAUUCCUAGGUAGGAAUAAUAAGUCUGAAUGAAGGCGUAUAUUUGUGAAUUUUUUGGGGAUUAAUGGAAAAUUUUAUCGUGACGAGUUUCAUGGUAUUGGAAAGAAGGGCCUUUAGUGGAUGUAUUGCAAUUUUUGUGUUUAAAAAUAUCUUCAAUUUGCAGACCUAAGAGUGGGACGUACACUGUAGAAGAAACCUUAAGAAAAAACAACAUACAGCAUAAAAGAUCUUUUGGAUGACAAUGUAAAGGAUAAGGAGUCAAUUCAAUUUGAAUUACUGCAUUAUUAACGAACUACAAGUCUAUUUCUGAUUCGGUCUAAUUUAGAUUUAUAACUAAGGUUAAAUAUCUCAGAAAGAAAUAAAAAAGGAAGGAAGAUUAGAGAAACCUUUGGUUCACCCUAAAAACCAAGAUUUCCAGAUGUAACUGUGUCCUUUGGAUAAGAUACUCCGAUGUUCUGGGAGCUUGACUUCUGUAAUUCUCUAGCUAACUUCUUCAAGGGUCAAAUAGCAAACUGAAAUAUCAGCGCAGACUUAACCCAGGCCUGAUACUAUCUUAAUCCAGAUCUAUAUCUGAUUUUUAAUAAUUAUUCUUGCAAACAGGUGAUGUGAAUGUAUUUUGGUAAUUGAUGGGUAAGUGAUCUAAUUCAGAAAGGGACUUUAUGGGAUAAAAUGAAAUGAAAUGAAAAUUCAUCAGUUCUGAACUUGAUUUUUAGUAAUUGUACUUACAAAUAGGGGUAUGGUUAGGUAUUUUUGCACAUUGGGUAGGCGAUGUAACCCAGACCUAAGCCAGUAGGUAGGAGAUCUAGCCCAGCAUAUAGCCUAACUAUACCUAACCCAGUUGAUAGGUUCAAGGUUGUUCAGGGCUAGAGACCUGGUUAGAUGGUUACGUUGAAUGUUAGAUCAGAAUUAAGUCAUGUUAGGCGUGGGUUAGGCCUAACCCAGUAAAUAGGUUCGAGGUUGAUCUGGACUAGACCAGGCUUCGUGGUUAUGUUUUGUAUGUUGGGUCUGCAUUAAGUUAUGUUAGGUGGUCUAGGUUUAAGUUAAUGUAGAAUUAUCUGUGUUAGGUCUAUACUUUGAUAUAUCAGUGGGUCAUUUAAUCUCUGAAGAAGUUAACUAAAGUUACCUAAAGGUAACAGGUUUCACCUGGAAUACUCGGUUAGAGUGUUAACAGGUUGAGUGCCAAGUCUUAUUUAGUAGUUUUGCCUCGUCUACUGAAACUAAACUUCAGUUUUGAUAAAAGGAACAAUUUACGUUAUCCAAAAUUUUCACUUAAAUUAUGCGAAUGGACAUACAUUUGAAUUUAAUAAUAUCCUUCUAUUUUCAUAGCAUUAGUAUUAGGUAUAUAAUAUUUAUUUCAUCUAUUAAAAUCGGUUUCGAAUUAUUAUUUGUAUAACAUUUCAUAAUUCAUGUAAUGAUGGGAGCAUUAAAUGUUAUCUCAAUAAUAGGGAACAAAGUACAAUAGAAUCCCGAUUAUCCGAAUUAAUUGGUGGACAUAGAUUCCAUCUGUUCGUAUAAGCGAAUUUUUGGAUAAUAGAAUAUUUUUUUGUUAAUCUUCAUAUACUAUUUAUUUUAAAUAUGACAUAAGUCACUUUGCUUUUAAAUUAAGAUAUGUAUAAUGAUUAAAUCGUAAUUAUGACUUAUGCAACUUUUAAAAUAAAAGGCUCGUAUGUUUUUCAAAACGUAGAAUAUAAAUAUUGAUAAUAGAAAUCAUAAAUACUAAACUUAAAUAUAAUUUGGUUACAAUUUAAAGGAUUCCAAAUCUAUUUAGCUGCUAAAUCACAUAAUUUUAACAGAUUUCAUUCCAUAUACUCCAGUUACAUUUUUGUUACGCCUCGUACCGUAACUCCAUUUAUAAAUUUUCAAAUGUUAUAUCCUUUAUCGUGUAUGGAUCGUCUAAGUUUAAAAUGUUUUAAAUAAUGUAUUGUACGAUGGAGAGUUCGACAUAACAGAGGAUUCUAAUGGAGAAUUCGAGUAGUCAGUGUUUGGAUAAUCGAGGUUCUACUAUAUCGGUUGUCAUGGGGAAAAGUUGAUUAAUAAGCUGAUGGUUGGUAAAAUGUUAAUAUAGUACUGCAGGAAAUCUGAUAAUUCAUUACAAUACUUUACGUCUUUUGCUAUUGUAACAGAUACACUAGAAACUAGAAACAAGUUCUAUGCGAUUAACUGAAUAAUUGUUACUUGAAUAUAACUAAAUUCGAGGCUAGACUCAGAGUGGACCCAAAUCGCUGUGUUUAAUAGGCUAUCAAUCUACAUAAAGUAUUAAUAUGGUACAGCGUGAAAUCUAAUGAUUCAUUACAAUAGUUUACGUCUUUCGCCAUUCUAACAGAUACACAAGAACCUAAAAACAAGUUCUAUGCGAUUGACUGGAUAAUUGUUAGUUAAAAAUGACGAAAUUCAAGGCUAGACUCAGAGUGGAACCAAGUUGCUGUGGGCUACUAUGACAUAGAGUCUCUACUAUAAAAGUAUAGUAGCGUACACCAUUGUCCACCAUGGUAUUCAACCUGUUAACUAUGGAAAAACCGGGCCACGAGAGCCCUGAAGUAUCUUAAGUAGUUUUGUAUUCGUUUUUAUCGCAUAAGUGGGCGCGCGUCUCGUAUGCGACUCCGAUGCGCCGAUGCAUUUUAUCAAGACAAAAGAAAUUGUUGAAGGGCCGAACUGCUCGACGUGUAGAUACCGUGUAAUUCGCAUUUGCGUGUAAUUCUAAGCGUGGUUCUCUGCGACGCGUCCUCAGCAAGAAGGAAAAGAGACAAAUUCCGAAAUACACAUUAACGAUGGUAAAUAUGGGAACAUUGCACAAAGAAGAUGAAGAAGAAAAUGGAGAAAAAAAAAACAUUGCAUAUCCUCUGUUCAUCGUACGUAGCCGACGAGCUCUCAUCGAGUGUGAAAUUGAAAAGGUUCGAGGCUGCAGGCACACUAUUCGUGCGUGCGUGGCUCCCACUGGCCAUCAAUAAAAAUAAAAUUUCCAGGUCGCGAACCGAUUAACCCAAUGGACUUUCAUUGCGCGAGGCUAGUUGAAUUUUACCAGCGACCCUUCGCGCAGAUUCUUGCGCUCGCGCGACCCAGAACAGAAAUGCUCGACCGUCUGGUGGUGAUGAUGAUUGCCUUCGUUAUUUUAAGCUUUUUGUCAAUCCGUAUUCCGUGAACGUGUAUGCCUCUUAUGUUUUUCGAUAUCGUCUCGCCUUUCGUUUCACUUUUGGGUAACUGUUAUUGUCUAACAAGAAAACAAUAAGAGGAGGGAAGAUUUCCAAGCGUAACGUUGAACUUUUAAGUAGCUUUUGUGCAAAAUUGUUAUUAAUGAGGAACUGAAGCUAAUACUACGUAAUUAAUAGGAUAGAGAGUUUAUAGUUUAUAAGUGACUGUGGAUCUUUAUGCUAAAUGAAAUCUUUACAAAUGCAUCUACAAAGAUUGAACCUAACACUGAUACAUCUACAGACCUGUUCAUUUGUAACUAUUUUUACCAUGAUUAGGACAAAGGACUAGUUUUAAAAGGACAGGGAUUAAAGGAUUGAACAAUUAAUUCUGAAGAUUAGAUGUUAAAGAAAACAAGUCUGGAUUGGAUUAGUGAAUUUUGAUAGUGUUGACAAAAUGAAUACUAUCACAUAUUGUUAGAUGAUACAGAUUCCAAUUUUGUAAAAACAAAAUUUAACGAACAAAAUGUAAUGAAGAGAUUGAAUAAUGAAUGAAACAAUUCUAUACAAUUCAUAUAUUGCAUAGAAGAACUGUAUACAAAAGUUUGAAAACGGUCAUUUAGGUCGUGGUACUUUACUUCCAAUGUCUUUUUUUACAUUCUUGCAUAUUACAGAUUUUUGCACAUUUAAAUUUCUUUGCAAACGUACCUAUAAAAAUUGAACCAAACUAUGAAUUUAUUAAUAUGAUUCAUAUUAUAUUCAUAUUAUUAAUAUGAACUUUACUUUCAAUAUUCUUUUAUAUUAUUGUAUCUUAUUUGCGUUUUGUAGUUUCUUGCACAUUCAAUUUUUUUUAUAAUUAUAUAAAAAUCCACAGUCUAUAAGAUAUACAAGAUUGAAACAAUGACAAUGCUUUAUGAAAAGAAAUAUAGCUAGUAAUUCCAAAAGGAAUUUUGGCUAGUAAAGUGUUAGUCUUGUACAUAAUAUAAGCUUCUUUUUGUCGUGGCUUCGAUACUUGAUUGAAACAGAAUUUUACAGAAUAUUUUUGUUUGCUCUUUUAAUUUGUUUUAAAUAUACAUAUGUUAAGUACGAGUUAUUUAUAAAUAACUUGAAAGUAAUUCAUCAAUGAUCAUUGUCAAUUCAAGUUCCAAUUUACUUAUUAUUAUUACUAUUAUUAAUAGUAUUAGCUUUAGUUCUUUAUUAUCUACCACUGUGCAGAAGGUAAUUAACACGUCGAUUACCACGUGAAUAUUUGUGAACAUUUUUAUGAGGAUAAAAUUUUCGUAAAAUAUCAAAACAAUUGAAACCUAGAUAGUCUAACGUUUGUCGUAGCAUUUAUUGUUACAACUACGCCAAAAUUCAUGAAUAAUUCAGAAUACAAUUUUGUAUGUAUAAUUCAGAUUUAUUAUCUUCAAAAUUAUGUUAUUUAGUUUCAUAGGGGUAAAAUUUUGUCUCGAGACCAUUAGAAACCAUAGAAUCUAACAUUUGUUUUAUAUUACUUAAUUUUGUAUUCUCAUCAAGAUUCACCAAUUCCAUCCAGAUUCGUUUUUGGUAAAACUUAGGGCAUUGCAUCAAUUGUUGAAGCAGGUGGGCUUCAACGUUUUGAGAAGUCAACGUCACGUUUGGAGUCCUCUUUUGUAAUCCUUGAGUUAAUACUAGGUUUACUGGAGAUUUCUCGUCAAAUUUCGACUACUGAAGUAUUACUAAAGUGUUACUGAAAUAAUGGUUUAAUAAAUGAAGUCGAUUUACUAAAAUUAAUUAGAAGGUUUGAAGAAAAAUGAAUUUGAAUACACAUUUGUCAUUAUGUACAGAUAAAAGACAGUAUUAAGUAGUAAUGCUGAAGUAAUCCUUUAAUAAGUGAAGUGGAUUUACUAAAAUCAAUUAGGAGGCUCAGACAAAAAUAAAUUUGAAUACAUGCUUGUCUUUUUAUACAGAUAAAAGUCAGUAUUACUGAAGUAAUGCUUUAAUGAAUGAAGUCGAUUUACCAAAAUUAAUUAGGAGGUUCGAAGAAAAAUGAAUUUGGAUACAUGCUUGUUUCUUUAUACAAAUAAAAGCUAACGUGAGUGACUACAGAAAACUAUAAACAGUUUCUGUAGAACCUUAUGAGAUUUAGAAUGAGUGAAAAUGAUAACUAAAUCUAGUAAACCUAGUGUUAAACAAACGUAACAAACAAUGUAAGCGCGUGACAUUUCCCGAUUCGGUAACAUCCAAGGAUUCUUACCGUCUAUCCUAUAUUUUAUACCUUUAAUCGCACACUAUUGACAAUUUUUUUGUGCAGAUCGACAUCGAUGGUCUUCUUUUAUUCCCAGUAUUCUCAUUUAUACUUGUAUUUAAUAUUUAUCGAUAACACUUUGACGCAUAUAUUCGUGGCAUACGCGGAAAAAAAAAAUAUAUAUAUAUAUAUAUAAAUAAUAAUAAUUUUAAUAAUUUCAAUUGAUUCGUGUACAUAACGGUAAAAAAAAUCGAAAUGGAAUAUUAUUUAACACCGUACUAAAUAAUCCGACACGAUCCACUUCGAGGAAAUUUUAACGGACGGAUAGAAAAUAUAUUUAAAAGAAAGGAAACAAUUGUUGUACGGAUUAUUUUUUACGUCGCUUAAAUUUUAUUCGGCUUUGCACGUCGCCAAACGCGAUUUUUAGUUCGACCUGCGAACGACAUUUUACAUUUAUACAGGGUGUUUCAUGAGUUGUAAAUUAGUCGUCUAUAGAAAAAUGCAGUGCGUAACCCGUAAGAUUAUAUUUUAACAUUAUUUCAUGUCAAACGUAUUAUAAAUUGCUGCGGAAAUCGUUCGUCACUUUGGUACGUCAAUAUCUGUUCAGCUAUGGAAAAAUUUGUCACAAAUACAUAUUUUGUGAUUACACGA